UAUCCAUCGAGGACCGAGACUGCGCGUACAGUAGCCACUAUCACCGAAGAACACAUUGAGCGAAGAUGCAAUAUCUGACUUGGUUCGUCUGUUUCGUCGUAUUUACUGUUGCAGUGACACCGGGGUUGGCUGGUAAGAAGGGUAAAAAGCCACCCGGCGUCCUACCACCCAGACGACCACCGAAAUAUGACACGUCAGAGAAAGGUGACGAUCAGAAGGAGGAGAAGGAGCCGACCCCAAAACUGAUAUCGUCAGCACAAGCAACAAAAUGUGGAUACAAGAUGUAUACUCUCACUUCUAAGAACGCUGCUAACUCAAAGACCGAUGCUCUUUUCUCGAUUCAAUUUUGGAGAUGGGUUGGACCGGCUCCUUUCAAUUGGGCCAGUUCAAGUUGGAUUCAAUUCGAUAAUGUCGGCGAUGACAAAGAACGUGGGCAAUGGGACUUGUAUGGGCCGUACAUUUCAACUGGCCUACCUGCGGAUUAUUUGUAUAUAAAGCAAACAUCAUCAGGUUCUGAUCCUUGGCAAGUGAAGAAUAUAUUCAUAUGGAAUAGCUGCGCUGACAAAUUGUAUAUGUAUUUCUGCGACAACUGUUGGGUUACGACCACACCGACGUGGAUCGCCAGGACAUACCCUCCAUUGUAAUCGGACAUUGUAAAACUCCUGGCGCCUGUAUAAACGCAUAAUUUUGCGCAAUAUGAGUCGAUUACUGCAUUCAAUCAGAUUUCAUCUGUAAGUUUUGGAAAUUGGAAAAAAAUUAUUGAAUCUUGUACUAAAAUUCCAAGCAACUUUUACCUUUAACAAAUCUUUGGCCUUUUGUAAAAUAUCGUUGUUCAUCUUCAACCACACCGCCGCCAUGCACCAAUAUAUUCUUGGAAUAUUUUAGACAAUAUAUGACAAUCUGUUAGAUCUAUUCAUACAAAGCAUUCAAAUAAAUUUGUUAUAACAGGUUGGGUUAAAAUACCUCCAUCACAUUUGUGAUGUUCUAAUAUCUCUUUAAAUAAGCCACAACAUAUUUUUGCUUAAAAUGCAAUUUACGAGACAAUUAUUCAAAAUUUGAAAAUUAAAAAAAAUACAGCAAGAUAAUACUGGCCAGGCAUGAACAUCUCGAUGAGCACCCUUGUAAAUGUAUACAGAAUAUCAAUAUACAAAUUAUCAGGAUUUGAUGUAUAAAUUAUGAAUGAAAUAAACAGAUGAAACCAA